AUGAUGGAGUGCGAUUCAUUAAAUUUGAAAACGUUAGAAAAUAAGGUUCUAUCUUUAGAAGCAAGGUUGAAUGAGCUUACAGAAAAACAAAAAACGCUUCAGGCAACAUUAAAAAAUCCAGAUGCAACGAGCACAGUGAAGCAACAUAUUGUACUUCUUCAUACAUAUAAUGAGAUACGAGAUGUUGCAUUGGGAUUAAUGGGAAAGAUUGCAGAUCAAGAACGUUGUAGAGUUGUAGAGGUGAUGGAUAGAUUUGGGAUUACUAAGGACGAUUAAAUAUUUAUUAAAGAGUUAUAUUUUUGUAUUAAGUUGUGUAUUUUUAGGAGUUUUUGCAGUUGUUUUAGAUAUAGGGUAAGGGCAAAGGUUUAAAGAUGAAA